AUGGAUACUUCUCUCGCAAUCAAUCAGUCUUUGUCUCGCAUCAUCAAGCUUUCCCCUACUCCCAAAUAUUAUGCUUUCUCCCUUGAAUCCUUUCCGAUUAGACGCAUCCGGAAGCAGCUGCGUUUCCGACCAAUAUUUGCGGUGCAAAGGAACUACGAAACGGCCUCCGUGGAAGACGAUGAGUCGUACGGGGAAGUGAACAGAAUUAUUGGAAGCCGGAUGGCGGAAGGCGGCGCCGCCAUGGAGUACCUAAUCGAGUGGAAGGACGGUCAUUCUCCCUCGUGGGUCCCAUCCAGCUACAUCGCAGCAGACGUGGUGUCGGAGUACGAGACCCCCUGGUGGACCGCCGCGAGGAAGGCCGACGACCAGGCCCUGUCGCAGCUUCUGGAGUCGGGUGACGGUCGCGACGUCGACGCCGUAGACGAAAACGGAAGGACGGCGUUCCUUUUCGUGGCGGGGCUGGGUUCGGACAAGUGCGUCAGGCUUCUGGCGGAGGCUGGAGCGAAUCUGGACCACCGUGACAUCAGGGGCGGCCUAACGGCGCUGCACAUGGCGGCUGGUUACGUGAAGCCGGAUGUGGUGGCGGCGCUGGUGGAGGUGGGCGCCGAUGGGGAAGUGGAAGACGAGAGAGGGUUAACGGCGCUGGAGCUGGCCAAGGAGAUUCUGAAGACGACGCCCAAGGGAAAUCCGAUGCAAUUCGGGCGGAGAUUGGGGCUCGAGAAGGUGAUCGGUAUCCUGGAAGGACAGGUGUUCGAGUACGCGGAGGUGCAGGAGAUUAUGGAGAAACGAGGGAGAGGCAAAGACGUGGAAUAUCUGGUCAAAUGGAAGGACGGUGGAGACUGCGAGUGGGUGAAAGGUAUACACGUGGCGGAAGACGUGGCCAAGGACUACGAGGCUGGGCUGGAGUACGCUGUAGCGGAGAGAGUGAUGGGGAAGAGGAUCGGGGACGACGGCACGACGGAGUUUCUUGUGAAAUGGACUGAUAUGGCUGAUGCCACGUGGGAGCCUCAGGAGAACGUCGACUCUACCCUUGUUCAACUCUACGAACAAGAGGCCCAACCUAUUAACGGCUCAACCAAUCUAUAA